AUAUGGUUGCUGGUUUGUAGCUUUAUCCUAAGAUCACGUUUUUAUCCUCAAUUUUUGCUAUUUAAAUGUACUACUGCUGAUCAAAUAAAUAGUUUUUCAUCAACAUGAAGUUUAAGCUCUGCAUCUUCUUCUUCCUCUGUUUCUUUCAACUUCAAAUAGAACAACAAAUUGGUAUCAGAGCUCUCUUCUUAAGGGAUCUAUGAUUACGAUGGAGAGUGAAACCAGCUAUUCCAACAUUGCUCCUCCAGUAUUUGAUGGUGAGAAUUAUCAACUCUGGGCCGUGAGAAUGAUGGCUUACCUUGAGGCUUUGGAUCUUUGAGAGGCCGUGGAAGAAGAUUACGAAGUCGCUCCGCUGUCAAACAAUCCUACCGUAGCCCAAAUGAAAAAUCACAAGGAAAAGAAGACCAAGAAAUCCAAGGCAAAGGCAACUCUCUUUGUGGCUGUUUUAGCAAAUAUCUUCACAAGGAUCAUGUCUCUUAAAUCUGCAAAAGAGAUUUGGGAUUAUCUCAAAGAAGAAUACGAAGGAGAUGAAAAGAUUCGAGGCAUGCAGGUGCUGAAUUUAUUGAGCGAAUUUGAACUGCAGAGGAUAAAAGAUUCUUAGUAAAUCAAAGAAUACUCAGACAGAUUAUUGGGCAUUGUAAACAAGGUAAGGUUACUUGGCACUCAAUUUCUAGAUUCAAGAAUUGUUCAAAAAAUUCUUGUAACUAUGCCAGAAAGAUAUGAAGCUACCAUUACCACCUUGGAAAAUACAAAGGAAUUUUCCAAAAUCACUUUGGUAGAGCUACUAAAUGCUUUGCAAGCUCAAGAUCAGAGGAGGUUAAUGAGGCAAGAAAGUGUUGUUGAAGGAGCUCUGCCAGCCAAGCACCUGAUGGCUGAAAAAACCAAGAAGAAUACUGACAAAAAAACACAAGCGACAUCUUCCGAAGGUUCUGCAAACAACCAGAAUCGCAACAAUGGUAGAAAUUCGAAAAAGAACUACCCACCUUGUCAGCACUACGGUAAAAUAGGCCAUCCACCUUUCAAAUAUUGGAGAAGGCCAGAUGCCAAAUGUAGCAAAUGUGGUCAGGAUGGACAUAAAGCUGUGGUUCGCAAUAAUAAAUUCCAGAACCAAGAUGAAGCUGCUCAAGUUGCUGAUGAAGAAAAAGAUAGGAUGUUUGUGGUGACAUGUUUUUCAACUAAAAGUUCUUCAGAAGGUUGGCUGAUUGACAGUGGUUGUCCAAACCACAUGACUUUUGAUAAAACUCUCUUCAAAGAUUUAAGGCCCUCAAAAAUCAAGAAGAUCAAAAUAGGCAACGGAGGCUAUCUACCUGCAAAAGGGACUGGAACUGUUGCAAUUACAACCAGCUCAGAAAAAAUGACAAUCAGUAGGGAUGCACACUUUAAUGAGGAUGAACAAUGGGAUUGGAAAAAUUUGCAAGAGAAAGAUAGCUAUUCAAAAGAACCAAGAAGUGUUGUUACUAAAGAGAACCUAGCAGAUUCAUGGCAAGAAGAGCUGGAAGAUGAUCUUCCAGUUAGAGGUACAAGGUCAAUUUCAGACAUCUAUGUGAGAUGUAAUGUGGCAAUUUGUGAACUUGAUGAUCGUGAAGAAGCAGUACAGGAUUCAACAUGGAAGAAAACAAUGGAGGAGGAGCUGUUUAUGAUUACAAAAAAUAAAACUUGGGAGUUGAUUAAAAGACCUGAAGGAAGAAAGGUCGUUGGCGUCAAAUGGGUGUUCAGAACAAAGCUGAAUGCAGACAGCUCUAUCAACAAACAUAAGGCCAGACUCGUCAUUAAAGGGUAUGCUCAAAUAUACGGUGUUGAUUAUUCUGACACCUUUGCUCCUGUGGCAAGGCUAGAUACAAUCAGGUUGCUGCUUGCAUUAUCAGCACAAAUGGGAUGGAAAGUAUUUUAGCUGGAUGUCAAAUCAGCCUUUUUAAAUGACUUCUUGCAGGAGGAGAUAUGUAGAGCAAGUCUUGGUUUUGUUAAAAGCUUAUCUGAGGCCACUCUUUAUGUGAAACAUAAAGAUAAUGACACACUCAUUGUGUCCCUAUAUGUUGAUGAUCUUCUGGUGACAGGAAAUAAUACAAAGCUAGCUGAAGAGUUCAAAAAGGAGAUGAUGCAGGUUUUUGAAAUGAUAGAUCUUGGUCUCAUGACCUAUUUUCUUGGAAUGGAGAUCAGACAAGGAAAAAAGUGUUCAUUGGUAAAAAAAAAUAUACAAAGGAAAUCCUAAAGAAGUUUAAGAUGGAAGAAUGCAAGGCAGUAAGCACACCAAUGAAUCAAAAGGAGAAACUAAGUAAGGAAGAUGGAGCUGAUAAAUUUGAGAAAAGUUAUUACAGGAGUUUGAUUGGAUGUCUGAUGUACCUCACUGCAACAAGGCCUGACAUUCUAUUUGUUGUAAGUCUCUUAUCCCGAUUUAUGCAUUGCCCUAGUGAAAUGCAUUUAAUUGCAGCAAAAAGAAUAUUAAGGUAUGUCUAAGGUACUAUUGAUCAUGGAGUUAAGUUUAAAAGAUGUAAAAAUUUCAAGCUGUGUGGUUUUUCGGAUAGUGAUUAGGCUGGAUCAGUUGAUGAUAUGAAAAGCACUUCAGGA